GGUCCUGUUGGUUCCAUUCGUGCAUCGGUACCGCAUGCUGUGCGGUAGCAAAGGACAUAGUCCCUGUCUAAAUUCCCUCCGCACGUCUAAAUGGGCUUUUUAAAGUAUGUGGAAGUAUAACCCCUGAAAGAUGGGGGGUAAUUAGGGAACGAAGCUUACUUAACCCUUUUUGCUCUGCCUCAUAAUUAGUGGUCCUCCCCGAAGCAAUUCUGUUACUCCAUCCUAACAAAAAUAAUGUUUAUUAAGAACCGUCUAAGGAUAUAGCCUAUAUGAUGAAUAAUUGCAAUCAUUCAUUUGCCGACAUCUCCGUUUGCGGACCGUGGAAAUCAGUGAUUAAUUAAUGUGUCGCAAGUAUUUCCUCAUGUAGGCCUGUGUUGAUUGUAUUGUUCAAAGUUUGUUUAUUAGCCCUAGCUGUUUCAUGGAAAUCAGACUAGUUUUCUACCUGCAACUCAAGGCACCCUGGCAAUUAGUCAAUUUUGCAUAUCACCUUACCCUCUAGUCAUCUUGUCAUCAUGGUCUGCUGCAACCAUUGGCGUCUGCAACAUUAGCACCAAAAUAUUAGGGACUGUUUAUUUGGGCAUGUACCUGAUAUAGCCCCCUUGAAGGCUUUAGAAAGCAAAGUAGUGACCGAGCACUUGGGUAGAAAGGCAGGUAUACCAGUUGACGACCCAUAUCAACUUAAUAAUACAGAUGUCCUCUCUUUAUUGACGUGACCAUAAUAUGACAAAAAUACAUGGUUUGCUCACAUAUGGUUUUGAGAGAAGUACCGUCCCCAAAAUGGUGUUCGCUAGAAAAAAAUGCUGCCUCUGGUGUUGAAAAGGGGUCACUCCUCUCUCCCCUCUGACACAAACAAGUUGUGAAAGGGAAAGAGCAGAGUCUCUCCCACUGCCAGGCAGUCUUAAGGGCUUAUGAUUAAUUACUCCGGAGUCUAAGAGUUGUCAGCUCUUUGGGUAUCCAAUAAAUUAGAAGCUCCUGAGAGUUUUAAGCACACACUCAGGUGAGCACGCAUAGACGCGGACCACUGCGCACCUUUUUCCGCGGCCGCGCCUCUUUAUAAAGAUUAUCUGUACUUGGAGCGGCAGGGCUACUUUUCUCCACCAGCAGUGGAGUCUGUGUGGUGCACGAUACCUCUCUGCAGUGCCUUGAUGUCGUUACUCAAGGCGGCGUUUUUGGAGAAAUUUUAAGGUUUAUAAGUGCUCCCUAUAUGGUUGGAAGACAGACGAUCUGCAUGGAUAGUGGAAAUGGCCCAGUGACAGUUAUGGAUGAGAGUCCCACAUCUAGCCCCAGCUCCAGCCCCAGUCCUGACAUGCUGACCCCCGACAGUCGGCGUCCGGAGGCCCUGCAGCACUCCAGGGUGGUCCAGGCCGGUGGGCUCGGUGGCAGAGGGCGUCCGGCAGCAGCCAACGCAGCACGGGAGAGGAGUCGAGUGCAGACCCUGAGAAGCGCAUUCCUGGAGCUACAGAGGACUCUUCCGUCGGUGCCACCGGACACAAAACUGUCCAAGCUCGACGUGUUGAUUUUGGCCACCACGUAUAUUGCCCAUCUGACUCGGACCUUGCAAGAGGAGGGGAUGGAGGAGGGAGAGAGCAAUAGACAAACAGAGGCCUUACACUCGCUGAAAGGUGAAGGUUACCUGCACCCUGUGAAAAAGUGGCCAAUGCGAUCCAGGUUAUACGUCGGCGCCAGCGGUCAAUUUCUGAACAAUUCAAAACAGACAGAAAAUCAAGGCGCAUCAUCGUCGACCUCGCAGACAUAAAUCUAUCCACUGCAUAAGGGACUUCUAAUUCAGACGACCAUUAAUUAGUAAGACUCUUUCAGCUAAAUCCACCAAUGAGGACUUAUGAAAUGGACAGCAGAUUCGUCGUCUGACAGUGCUUAUUAUUUUUAUUUAUCAAACAACUGAAGUCUCUGCUUUCGACUUCAGUAUUUUCAUGUAAAGGAGACAGUCACGACUCUUUCAAUAGUAGGAACACAAUUGUAAAUUAAUAUAUUAUGUGAUUAUGUAUAUAAAAUCUGAGAAAGCCUGCAUAUUGUUGCUCUUAAUUUGGCCAUGCUGUGUUUCUGCUCUGCUUUCUGCUGUUCUGUGCCUGUUGGAUAUAUUAACGUGUGUAUACUUUUUAGAAAUUCCGUGUCUGGUGAAAUAAACAUUUGCACUAAAUGCAUGUGUGAAUAACUUAACAUCUGUCAUGUGAAGUGAUCUGUCAGAAUCUCAACAGUGGUAGGAGCCUCUUCAUCUUCAUCGGUUUUUUGAUAAUGACUUGAGGAAUAGAAAUAAGACAUGUCUCCCAUUCCGUCGGUUGUAAAUAAGUUUACUGAGAUGUAUUUGUUCUAAGUGGCCUAAAUAAUCAUGUUCUGUCAUUUAAGUCCAGCUUUAUCUCUUAACAAUCAAGAGGGAUUCCAUUUGAUUAUUUGCAUGAAAAGGGAAUUAUGAGUUGACAUUCAUUUUUUGCAGUCAGAUAUAUAUUUUACACAAAUGCACAAUUUUGCAACUACAACAAACUCCUAAUUACAAUAAAUGUUAAUGCAUUUCAAGGCACAUAUUGUGGAAUGGGCCCUAAGUCUAUUCAAAAUGGUAGGUACUCUUUCAGUGUGGUGUAUAGUGUGUCCAGAUGCUGAAUUCAAAACAAUGGGAACUGGGAACGCGGAAAUCUCUGAAUUCCGACUUCAGUGUGUUCAAAACAACUGGGAACUCGGAAAAAAAACUAGCUCUGACUGGGAAAUCGAUUUGAACGUCAUCCAAUUCCGAAUUCCAACUCGGGAGGUCGGGCCUUUUCUAGAGCUCGGACUUCCCGAGCUGAAGAUCACUGAAGUCAUGAUUUGACCUCCCAGUUGUUUUGAACUCGGCAAGAGGCCACUUCUAUUAAAGGGAAUGUUCGGGAUUUGGCCAAUUUUUUUUUUUUUUUUAUGUAUCUACUUCUCGAGAGUCAGAUGAACUGGAUAUAAUUUGUAUGUCUCUGUGUUCAGUUCUAAGUAAGCUGCCAACUACCGUGAGCGCAAUCGCUAACUACUGGAAGUCUAUGGGAACAGCUAGUAGGGGAAAUCGAUAAAGGGCCUCAUUGCCAAAAUCCCAAACUAUCCCGUUAAACUAUAGCAUAACUUUUGACAAUUUUGGCUUUAUGAAGUUGAUAUCGAAUGUUCAGAGAUCCAUUUAGAAAGUGCACUUUUAUGUAGGCUACUCAGACACUGUUACACUUCUGAAAUGUGCAAAUUGGAGACUUAGCACAAUAUUCAAAAGAAAAACUGAUAGUUAUGGUUUUAAAGGCCCAGUGGAGUAGAACAAUUGAUUUCCCUGUGUUUCAUAUACAAUCAGUAGCCAGUUUAUUAGGUACACCCAUCUAUACUUAACAAAAAUAUAAACACAACAUGUAAAGUGUUGGCCCCAUGUUUCAUGAGCUGAAAUAAAAGAUCCCAGAAAAUGUCCAUUCCUAUCAAAUUUUGUGCACCAAUUUGUUUACAUCCCUGUUAGUGAGCAUUUCUCUUUUGCCAAGAUAAUCUAUUCACCUGACAGGUGUAGCAUAUCAAGAAGCUGAUUAAACAGCAUGCACAUCACACAGGUCAACAAGACACCUUGUGCUGUGGAUGUUUUUU